UAACUUUGAACAGCCGGAGCUACGGAGCUCGUGUGGUCUCACAGUCAACACCGCAUGUUGCUGAUCUUCUAAUGUUUCGAUUAUAAUUUUCGAACGGAAUUGACAGCUAUCACAUCACCCAGCAUGACAAAUUUUCGGAAGUCCGCUCAGCUAGCUGGACGCCCAAUAUCAGUAUUUUUCGACCUUCAUCGAAGAAAUUUAUACAGCAUAACUGGCCAAUGGGAAAAUUUAACUAUGGACGUUCGCAAAAAAAUUGAAUCAACUUGGAAGCCAAGAGUUCAGGCUGCUGCUAGUGUAAAAAACAGCAACCCUCGUGACAAAAUGUAUUGUUUGUCUAUGUUUCCUUAUCCCUCUGGCAAUUUGCACAUGGGCCACGCUAGAGUAUACGCGAUAUCAGACAGUAUCGCUCAUUUCUACAGAAUGAACGAUAAACACGUCAUUCAUCCAAUGGGUUGGGACUCAUUUGGUCUUCCUGCCGAAAAUGCUGCUAGAUUGCAUGAGAUUGAUCCUCACCACUGGACUAAAAUGAACGUGGAAAAAAUGCGGCAGCAACUGGAUAAUUUGGGCUGUUCGUUUGAUUGGGACAGAGAACUGUCCACCUGUGAGCCUGACUACUAUAAAGGCACUCAAGUCAUAUUUCUUGAGCUCUUCAAAAACGGUUUUGUCUAUCAAGCCAAGUCCCUAGUCAACUGGGAUCCGGUCGACCAAACUGUGCUUGCCGAUGAACAAGUGGACAAAGAGGGACGGUCCUGGCGGUCUGGUGCCAAAGUUGAGAAAAGAGAACUAAUGCAGUGGUUCAUUCAAACAACAAAAUUUGCAAAGAGCCUUUUGGAUGGAUUGGACAGCCCGCAAUUAGAAGAAUGGAGAGACAUAAUUAAGCUGCAGAGGCACUGGAUCGGCAAAUGUGAUGGCUACUUUUUAAAUGUCCAAACUCAAUGUGGCCAAACACUUAAGGCGUGGACUCGGUCACCCGAAGACAGGGGAAUAUUUGUGGCUGUGAAGCAAUCACACCCGAUUUGUGGAAAUAGGCUGCUUACUAAGGAGUUUUUCACAGAUGCGUCUGUUGUCCACCCUUUGCACAAUACUAUACUUCCUGUUAUUGUACUAGACAAAGAAGAGCUAAGCAGUGAUGACAGUGCUUACAUAGGCGUUUCAUCUAGCCAGGAAGAUUUAGACAUUGCUUCUUCACUUUCAAUACAUUUCCCUGAAGCUUCAAACAUGACGAGGGAAGAGGCUGCAAAGAUUAUCAAAGAGAAGGGUCUUGGCGAAGGAAAUUUAGUCAGCCAUCAUUUACGAGACUGGUUGGUGUCUCGCCAGCGGAGAUGGGGCACUCCGAUUCCAAUAGUUCACUGCAUCUCUUGCGGCCCACAACCUGUGCCUGCAGAACAGCUCCCUAUAAUUGUACCUUCAGCAGAUGAGGACAUCAAUAAAUGGAAGCAAACUUCCUGCCCAAAAUGUGGCAGCCACGCAGAACGAGAGACAGACACAAUGGACACAUUUGUUGAUUCAUCUUGGUAUUUUUUGCGUUUUCUUGAUCCAAAAAAUCAGCAGCGCCCCUUUGACCCCUCCGUUACAAACUCACUUAUGCCUGUUGACCUUUAUAUCGGUGGCAAGGAGCAUGCCACUCUGCACCUGUAUUACGCGAGGUUUAUGGGACAUUUCCUCCACUCAAUCGGAUGGCUGAAACAUCCAGAGCCUUUUAGCAGAUUGUUAGUGCAGGGAAUGGUGAUGGGUAAGAGUUACCGCCUAAAGAACAGUGGCAAAUACCUGCAGCCUAAAGAAGUGGACACUUCAGGCAAGCAGCCUGUGGAGCUUGGCACUGGAGCACCCAUUAUUGAAACUUGGGAGAAGAUGUCCAAGUCUAAAUUCAAUGGUGUCAACCCUGAGGAGGUAUUGGAGGAGCUAGGGUGUGAUGCCACCCGCCUUGUCAUUUUGGCAGAUGUUGCUCCAACAUCGCACAGAAAGUGGUCUGAAGACACCUACCCUAGCAUUCUUAACUGGCAAAAGAAGCUUUGGCUCACUGUAUUUGAAUUUUUAAAUGAAAGGAAAAAUGAAACUAUAGAAAUCUCUGAUGAUAUUUCUGCAACACUUGUGAAAGAGGAGGAGCGGCUCUGGGACAAAAGAAAUUACUUUCUCUCUGGCAUCACCUUCAACUAUAGAAAGUCGCAGCAGCUCAGCGUAGCAGUGAGCAAGAUGAAAGGAUUGACAAAUGAACUGAGGAGAACACCCAAAGGGCUCAAAGGUUUGUCGGUCCAGUUUGAGCGGGCCCUUGCACUGCAGCUUGUUGCGCUGGCCCCAAUGGCACCGCAUUUUGCCUCUGAACUCUGGGCUUGUGUUGCAUCUGCCGCGCCAAUGAAGACUAAUGAAUUUGACUGGAGCAAGCCAGUGCUGGAGCAAAGGUGGCCCCAGUUGGAUGCAGAGUAUGAACUAAGUUUAAAUAUUCUGCUCAAUGAGCGAGAAAUUGAAUCAGUUAAAUUGAGCCAAGAUGAAUUCCGAGCUAUGCGGCCUAAUGAUGCCCUGCAGUUGGCAAUGAGAAAUGUCAGAUUCGUCAAUAUGCUGGGCAAAUGGAAGGUGACCGAUAUUUUGCUUGAGAGAAUGGAGAACUAUCAGAUGAAUGCCUUCAUUACAUCAGUGCGAACUGAGAACAGUGGUCCUCAACCAGAAGCUCAAAGACUUGGCAAGAAAACCAGGAAGCCAAAAGGCAUCAACCAAAAGGACAUAGUUGAAUAAUAAAAAUGGUUACGUUCACAAGU